AACUCGGACAAAUCUCGAGGUAGGAUGAAACCGCCAUUGAAAUUUGAUUCCUUUAGAACAGAACCAGAAUCAGAACAAGAAUCAAUGAAGACAACUUAGAUUCCUUGUUCAACUUAGAUUCCUUGUUCAACCCAGAUUCAAAACUUUUCGGUUCCAAGCUCUUAACACUAAAAGUUACCUACUUUCAGACAUCCUCGCCUCUGCUGUCUUUCACAAUGAACAAAGGCAGCUCGAAUGGCCCCAAAAUUCACGCUUUACCAAUCUUAAUGAUCCUGUUUUUCACCAUCUUUCCCCCAUUCUGCCCUCAAAAUUCCACCCCCUUUGCCCGUUUUACCCAUCCCUUCAUCCCCUCAGCUCGAAUGGCAACUCUCUUCGAUGGCACUCUUUCUACACUUUGGACCCAACACAUUCACCGACUCAGAUUGGGGAACGGGCCAUGUCAACCCGACCCGACUCAACUCUUCUCAGUGGGUACACGUGGCCAAGGAAGCUGGAUUUUCUAGGCUGAUCCUCACUGCAAAGCACCAUGAUGGCUUCUGCUUGUGGCCGAGUGAGUACACGGAUUACUCUGUGAAGGCCAGUCCUUGGAGAAACGGAGACGGCGAUGUUGUUGCUGAGUUGGCGUCGGCCGCUAAGGAAGCUAGUAUUGCGUUGGGUCUUUAUUUGUCUCCAUGGGAUAGGCAUGAGUAUUGCUAUGGGAAGACUGUGGAAUGCAAUGAAUUCUAUAUGGGGCAGAUGACUGAGUUGUUGACUAGGUAUGGAGAUAUCAAGGAAGUAUGGUUGGAUGGUGCCAAAGGGGAGGGGGGAAAGGAUAUGGAAUAUUACUUCGAUACAUGGUUUAGUCUCAUUCGUCAGCUCCAACCAGGGGCUGUCAUCUACUCUGAUGCUGGUCCUGACACCAGGUGGAUUGGCGAUGAGGCUGGUGUCGCCGGUUCUACUUGUUGGUCUAUUUUCAAUCGAAGCAAUGCUGCAAUUGGUGGAACUGAUCCUCAAUACUCCCAAGGAGGAGACCCUCUUGGUCACGACUGGGUACCUGCUGAGUGUGAUGUCUCAAUCAGGCCGGGUUGGUUUUGGCAUGCAUCUCUGGUGCCAAAGUCGGCAUUUAAGCUUCUUGACAUAUACUACAAAUCAGCUGGUCGAAAUUGUCUUUUGUUGCUAAACGUGCCCCCAAAUUCUUCCGGUCUUAUUUCUGAUGAAGAUAUACAGGUACUCCAAGAAUUCAAGGAACUUCGGAGGUCUAUAUUCUCCAAUAAUUUGGCGGAUAAUGGUCUACUAAAUGCUAGCAGUAUACGAGGGGGCAAUGGUAACUCUCAGUUCAGUCCGUAUUAUGUCCUUGAAGAAAGUAUUGGCACUUAUUGGGGUCCUGAGGAGGAUCAAUGUGAUUGGGAAUUAUAUUUAGACCUUGGAGAAUCCAUAACUUUCAAUGUUUAACAAGUUCGAGAGCCGAUUCACAUUGGACAACGUAUCUUGAAGUUCCAUGUUGAGAUCCUAAGUAGAGGUAGAUGGAAGAAUGUGAUUAAUGGCACAACAGUGGGAUAUAAAAGAUUGCUGCAAUUUCCUACAGUUCAGUCUCAGUACUUGAAGUUUGUCAUCGACAAGUCUCGAGCCGAUCCUCUAAUUUCUUCCGUGGGGAUCCAUGUGGAUUGAUUCUCGAUUCUGAGCCGUGCAUCUAAUACAACCUCACAAACAUAUGUCAAUGGCAGUCAAGUCCUUCAGCUACAUCCAUACAACCGUUCCCAAACCGGCCCAGUUCAGUACAUGUAAUUUCAAGCUGCAAUCGUUGCUCGGGUGAGUGUUCAAAAUUACUACCAAACUUGGUGCAUCUUCAAAAUGCCAAAUA